CGCUACAUGCAUCGCUGGAUAUACUUAAUCUAAUCGAUAAGACUUACCUAGCUGCCUCUCUUCAAAGCUUAGGUAGAAACAAACCUAAGAAAUACAAGAUCACACGCCUUCUUUUCUACCAGUCUGCAACCGAUAACAAAAUGGAGGAAGAAGACCAAGUCCUGGUGUCAUCCACUUGGCCGCCGCCACCUCCCUUCUGGCGCGACUUUACGCCCGAAAACCUUGCACGUAUUGACGAGCUACGCAAGCAAGAAGCAGAAAAUGAUGGAAUUGACGAUGCCUCAAAAGUCCGUCUUCAGGGCUUACCUCGCGAGCUACGUAAUCUCCAGCCACCACUAGAACCCACAGAUGGAGUAUGGAGAGUCUUUGGAGAUACCUAUAAAUUAAAGGAUGAGCUUCCGCGGCUUGAGGAUACGGAUGUCAAGCCGCUAUUUCCGAAUCCAGAAGAAAGAGAUCGAGAUGGCAAACACUUCGAUCGUGCACUGAUCCUCAAAAGAUUGGCCAAGUCGUUACUAUUAAACUUCCUAGAGCUUACAGGAUUGCUAGCUAUCAACCCUGAAGCUGCUGAAGAGAAGACCCAAGACAUGCGCCACCUGUUUCUCAACUUUCACCACCUUAUCAACGAAUACCGACCCCACCAAGCCCGCGAGUCGCUGAUCUCUAUGAUGCAGGCGCAGUUGGACCGUACACGAGCCGAGACUAACGCGAUCCGGGACGCUAAGGAUAAGGCUGAACGUAUCAUGGAAGGCCUCGGCAGUUUGAAGAUCGAAUAUGAACUUGUCGAUAAGUUAACAACGUCUAAAAAGGCGGAAUCAUGGAGCUACCAGAGAGAGACGUGGACGUCGGUCACCAGAGAUCUCUAGGAAGGGACGCCACAUGCUGCUUCUCUGUUAAGCUGUAGUUAUAAAGUGUAUAUAGAUUAUGACUUGGAGUCAAGGUUUUUAUAAUGGAUAAGCGCGUCGGUAUUGAUACCCAUCUCGAUAGGAAGGGCGGGAAUGCGCUUGAGGAAAAUGCAUUGAUUUAAUCCUAUGAAGAAUACUCCUAGUCCUGCAUCGCCAAGUGAAAUCAACCCAGUGCCUGCAAAACGCAAGUUCGUGUUUAAUAACGCCUCAUAAAUCGUGUCUUAUAUGGCGUCUACUAUUAAACCUCGUUUCCUCACAUAACAGUGCAAGGAAUCGGGAUACAACAACAUUCGAAAUCGCCACAGUCAAUGCAUCUAGUCUUGUCUCCUGUGGCAUCGGCGGGUUUGAUGAUGUUCUCAAAAGUCGAUGAUGCGGCGCUGCCAGGGCCGUUCCGGUUGACGAGGGAAUGAGAUGAGCUGCAAGCCAUGGCUAAUAAAUUACUGAGUUAUCUGUUAUAAAUAACUAAUACUUUUUUUUAGCUCUUUUCUUAGAGAUAACAGGUAAUGAGUGUAUCGCCUACCAGUUGAUAGAUUGAUAUGUUUUAAAUUGAUGUGGUCUAAUACUUUCUUUCGUUAUAAGUAAGACGGUGUAGGUUAGUAUGUAGAAUUCUAAGUUAGAAGUAGGUUUAGUUAGGCUUUAAGACUUUGUCCUAGUUCCAGUCUGCUUCUUUUCUUUCCUUUCCUUCGCCAAUAAUAUCAUGCAUUUAUGG